CGUGAACUUAGAAACCCUUUGCAACGUGGCACUAGCUGCUGUGAUGGAUGUGGCAUUUGUGCGGUCCAAUGGCUCCACCAGCUCAACGCCAAGGCAAGACUGCAAAUUUCACCGAUUGUCCGCGAUGUCUUCUCAGCAGGUCGGGCAGUACAUGGCGGCAUGUGGAUUUGCCGACUAUGAGCACCUCUUUCAGGAGCACAACAUCAGCGGUGAUCGGCUCUUACAACUCACCUCUGAGGAUUUGAGGAAUAUCGGGUUUGUGACUGUGGGGGAUCGCCUGGUGAUGCAGCAGGAGAUUGCUGGCAUCCGGGCGGGUCGACGGAUUGCCUGGCGGAGUGACAGCUUCGACUUGGAGCCCUUGGACCGGCCCCAGGAACGAAUGCUGAGCUCCAAGUCUGAGAAGUCUCAAUCAAACUUGGAGAGAUCCGAGUUCUUCAAAUCAGCAUCCCAAGACAUGCCAGAGGCUGCUCGCAAGGCAAAGCGAAAGGCGAAGCUCAAGAGUCGGAGCGAGGAGCUUCGAAGCCUUCGCCAGAGAUUUUGUCAUGCAAUGAGAGUGGCAGCGGCCAGAGAGGAUGGGUGCAUGGGCCAUGCAAUUCUCAAAGCUUGGCAGAAUUGCAUUCAGACAGAGGUGAGGGAACGGAGGCUUGCGAGCUCAAACUGCCUUCGAAAGGGCAUUGAUGAAGUCAUGUCGAAGGUUGAACCUGGCUCUGUGCUGGGAAUCUUUGUGUCCCGAACGUCAUUGACACAGCUCGCUGUGCUGCAUGCCUGGGCGCAUGCCGUGGUCCUGAGACGCCAUCAGGUGGAGCUGCAAGCUCAAGAAGAGAAGGCUGGAGUGCGGAGCACGGCUGCGUUGUCCAUCUUGCGCAACGAGCUGAGGGCUAUUCGCUGCCAGAGGUAUCGCACGGCCUGCCGAAUGGUACAACAACGUGUUUCGCUGGCUUUGUGUGGGCCCUUCAAUGCAUGGCGACAGCAGAGCCAACAGGUUCAGUCCAGUGUUGCCUCAAGACGACUGCGGCCUGGUGAAGUUCUCCUCAAUUCGGGCCAGGCGGCGAAGCGGGCCCAGCAGCAACUGCAGGAGGCUCGAGCUCAACACGCUGAGCAGAUUUGCGCUUUGGAGAGGGAGAUGGCAGAGCUGCGAACAGAGGUAUCCGCCGCGCGCCUUGCUGCUGCUGCUGCAGCGCGGGGAGAGGCAAGAGCGGAGAACAUUGCACGAAGGCAUGCGUGCGCUGCCAAGCGCGGUGAGGAACUGGCAGCGUUGUUGGCCUGCAUGAAGGCCUGGAGUGGGGAGCUGGCGCUGUCCCGCAGCCUGGCUGGCCGAAAGGAUGAAGUCGUGGCAGCGCGGGAGGGCCGGAAAGGCCUGUUCAUCGCAGCGCUGAAUCAGCAGGCCAAAUAUUGGCGGGCUGAAGCCUUCAAUGCCUGGCGUCGAGUGCUGUUGCAGGAUCGGUGUCAGCAGCUGAAAGAUAUCUUGGAAAGCCGCAAGAAGGUGUCAGCGCAAGGCACCCCGCGAUCUGCCAAGAGGCAAUGAAACCGAGAAAACCCAUGCUCCUUGCUGGCCUCGGGAAAUGAGAUGCAUCAAAGUGCAUAGCUCCUGUCAUUCUAGGCUCCCAAAGGGAGGUUAAGGGUUCUUAUCCUUGUUUCACUCGCAGGGUGGCCUUAGGGCCACAUCUUAGUUCGCAGAGGUCAAAAAGCCGCAGAGAAACACCGCCAUCAGAACGCACGAGAG